UUAAAAAGUGAUAUACAGAAGAUGGGAAUUAUCUAGAAGAUCAGCAGUCCAGCAUCCAGGGAGGUUUCCAACUAUUGAAAAGAUCAGGGGCCAAGUCAAGUAAUGCAGUAACACUAUAUCCUUGUUAAUGAUAUUCAAACAAGCUCCCGUCAGUGGGCUGAGUAUAUUUAUGGCAUAGGAAGAUGCUGAAUGAUCUGUAAAUAGUAGUCUCUACAAAUUAUGCUUUUAAAUACUGUAACACUGAGGUUUCGUUAGUUUCCAGCUUCCUUUCAAAUCCUUUGGGCAUCGCGAGCAUAAAAGCUGCAGGUGUUACGAAAUGAAUGCAUAUUCCCACAUUGCCUUUAUUAAAACAGCAACAGGAAGCAGAUUGUUUCCUUAAUAUUACAAUCCCAGCGAUUACGCUUCCCAUUUAAGCAGUAUGUGAUCGUAAUUUUAUAAUGAGACGAUUGAAUGAUCAUGAAUAGGCUGGUCUAUACGGCUGUGCUGCCGUGCGAGUACCCGAAAGCAGCACGGCGUUUCGUUUUUAAUGUACACGAAAAACAUUUGCGGUGUAUUACUGUUCUGCAUUUCCUAAUGAUACCCCCCUUUCCACCCCCGCGAUCUCCAGCACCGGCCAAAGAGCCCCUUCUGGACUAUUGUUACUACCGUCUCCAACUCCGGACGCAGCCUUUACCCCGAUAGUGCAUCCGGCGAGGAGUGCAGCGUAUUGUAAUAUGAACGGGGGCUUGACGGGGACGUCGAGGCAGGAUCACAGGCGUGCCGGUCCUCCUGCUGGCCGAUGAAGGUGUCCUGAGGAAUAAACCCUUCACCUUAUUUACUGCCCUCCUUCCUAUGCUGCAGCUGAUCGCGGCGUCGGGCUGUGGGAGUCCGAUGGGAUCGCGAUGCGUUUUGUCUGCAGACCCGCUCUGCAUGUCCUGACAUGAACGGCAGCUGGGCACGCCACCAAGUAAAGCAGGGAAGGGCUUUCAGGGCAGCUGGCGGCAGGAGAGGGAGGAGCAGAGAGGGAGGAGAGUGGAAGAGGAGGAUCUCAGGGCCACAGAGACGCAGGGCGUGUGAACGACGGGGCCGACAAACAGACCGAAAGCAAAAGACGAACAAGGAGUUCAGCCGGACGACGGAGACCGAGGGAGUGUGGAGGGAAAGGAACAGACGGAUAAAGGGCAGGACUGUGGCUGUGUGUCCGUCUCAGAAGUCCGACGCAGAGAGCGUGCGUGUUGUUUUAAUGGCCUGAGUUCCUCAGCUCUCAACUCACCUGAGAGAGAGCUGUGCCUGUUUCUUUCUGCGGCUCCACUCGGUGACUCAUACACGCCCGGCGUGGUUUUCUGGAAUACUCUGCCGCUCGCUGAGACCCACCAACCUGACAUGGUGUGAAGGGGCCGGGCGCCGGGCAGCCGCGUGCCAUGGGCGGCUGGGCCCAAGCACCAACCCCAUGAGCGCGAUCAGCCUUCUCCAGGGCCGCCGCUUCCUGUGCCGCGAGUGGGCCCUGGAAAAGCUGCGGAGGAGCCUGGAGACGCGGCCGGUGGGGGUGCUGGUAACCGGCAGCCCCGGAGCCGGGAAGACGGCAUUAUGCACAGAAGCGGUGUGGCCCACAUCAGAAGCGGGGCUCCAGGCCGGUCUGGCCCCACGAUGCCUUGCGGCACACUUCUGCCAGCGGGAGGAUGAGAGGUCCCGAGCUGCUUGGAGCUUUGUGCUGGGCCUGGUGGAAGAGCUCCGGAACAGCCCUGCCUUGCCCGCGGCCUACAGGGCGGCGCUAGAGGACCCCACUGUGGCGGCCGCUCUGGAGCCUGAUGCCUGUCAGCGUGACCCUGAUGAUGCCUUCAAAAGGACAGUCCUGCAGCCUCUGAUGGAAAUCCCAGCACCACCACAGAACCUCUUCCUGCUGGUCGAUGCCCUGGACUCAGAUGCAGCCGGAGGCAGUGACUCCAUCGCGGAGCUCCUCUCCAAGCACCUGCAGCUGUUCCCCAGUUGGCUGCUCCUCGUCUGCUCUGCACGGCGCCAGGAUAAGGCUGUUAGCAAGAUGUUCCCAGGGUUCCGUAAGCUCGUCCUGGACGACAUGCGGAAGGCGUUACCUCUGCGUGACGUGCAGCAGUACAUCCUCCGUCGUCUGGCCCAAGAGGGGGCGCUGCGGAAGCAUCUGACGCCCGAGACGGCCGACAUGCUGAACUUGUUGCACAUCAAGAGUGGCGGCUGCUUCCUGUUCCUGGAGCGCGUGCUGGACGGCGUGAGCGAGGGGCUGCUGACCAUACGGCAGAUCCGCGACAUCCCCGGCACGCUGAGCGGCCUCUACCUGUGGCUAUGCCAGCGUCUCUUUCCCAAGAGGCUUUUCUCACGGGUGCAGCCCCUCCUCAGCGUCCUGCUGGCCACCCCGCGACCCCUCACCUCGGAUCAGUUGUAUAUGGCAGUUUGGACCCGGGACACCACCUUGAGCCGUGCGCACUUCCAGAACCAGAUGGAGGCACUGUCUGUGCUUUUGGCUGAUGGGCCGGGACAGACCAAGGUCCUGUUCCAUAGCAGCUUUGCGGAGUGGCUGACCGACGUGAAGUACUGCACCCAGAAAUUCCUGUGUAGCGUGGCUGAUGGACACACCAUGUUGAGCAUGGCUCUCACACUACGCAGGGCCCAGCUGACCCCAGAGGAAACCUGCCUCCUGGCUCUCCACUUGGUCCACUCCGGCUUGCACUCGGACCACCCGGCCCUGCUGGCGCUGUGGAUGCUAUGGACCGGCGCCGUCGGCCCUGACCCUGGGUCUCCGUGUUCACCCCGGCCUCCUGUCCUGCUUCAGCCAGAGGUUCUGCGGUUGCUGGUGAUGGCUGGUGUCUUCCCUCGCUCCUGCCUGCCGGAUGGGCACCUUUCCGGAACCGGGACCCUGCGGCGGGCCCUGGAGUCGGAGAAAUCAACACGUGCACUUCUGGAUGGCGGAACGAGCGCGAACCAGACGGACUCAGAUGGGCGCCCCCUGCUGAUGGACGCGGCAUGCGCGGGAUCAGCUGGAGUGGUGGAGCUGCUGCUGGCACACGGGGCAGCCCCGGAGGUGCAGGACGCCCAGGGCCAGACUGCGCUCAUAGCGGCAGCCCGGCACAGCCACGUGGGGGCCCUGCGGGUUCUGCUAGGUUGGGCCGGCCGACACGGGGAGACGGGGCUCCGGUUGAUAAACCACGCAGACGCCGAGGGCUGGACGGCUCUGCGCGCAGUGGCCUGGGCAGGGCAUGUGGAGGCGGUGCGCCUCCUGCUGGAGGCCGGGGCGGCGGUGGAUGGGUGCGACUCUGAGGGCCGGACCGCCCUACGGGCCGCGGCGUGGGGGGGCCACGAUGAGGUCCUCCUCACUCUGCUGGACAAAGGCGCGCGGGUCGACCAGCCUGACAGGGAGGGGCGCACUGCUGUCAUGGCCGCCGCGUACAUGGGCCACCGGGAGGCUCUAGAGAUCCUGCUGAAUGCCGGAGCAGAGGUGGACCGGGAAGACGGAGAUGGGCGUACGGCGCUGUCGCUAGCUGCCAUGUGCCUGGGGGGCAACUCCAGCGAGGUGAUGAGUCUGCUGUUAGAACGGGGGGCGGACCCGGGGCACAGAGACGGGGACGGAAUGACGCCACUGCUACUCGCUGCCUACGAGGGCCACGGCGAGGCCGUAGAGCUGCUGCUGGAGGCCGGCGCCGACAUAGACGACGCUUCGGGCUCAGUGACGCCCCUGCUGGCUGCCGCCUACAUGGGCCACAUGGCCGUAGUGAACACUGUGCUGUUCUGGGGCGCACCCGUGGACGCCAUCGACGGGGAGGGCCGCACAGCACUCUGCUUGGCCGCCACCCACGGCAGCACCGAUGUGGUGCGGGCCCUGCUGGACCGCGGCCUGGAUGAGAACCACAAGGAUGACCUAGGCUGGACUCCGCUGCACGCCGCUGCAUGUAGCGGCCACAAGGGGGCUUGUGCUGUCCUCACUGACUACGGGAGCAUGGCACGGGUCGGUGAGCUGGACAACGAGGGCCGCACGCCACUGAUCUUGGCUGCUCAGGAGGGCCACUGCAGCACGGUCCGGCUCCUGUUAGACCGCCGCUCGCCCAUCGACCAUCGCGGCUACGACGGCCACUCGGCGCUCAGUGCCGCCGCCCUGGAGGGUCACGCCGACGUGGUGGAGCUGCUCAUGAGGCGCGGCACGGACACAGACGUGCGAGACGCGGAGGGGAAGCCCCUGCUCUAUCUUUUGAUGCUGGAGGGACGUCUCGACAUCGCCACCCUGCUGGUGGAGAAGGGGGGCGCGCCACUGGAGUCACGUGACGCUGAGGGCCGCACCGCGCUGCAUGUGGCCAGCUGGCGCGGCGACCUGGAGGGCAUGAACCUGCUCCUGCAGCACGGCGCAGACCCCAACGCACCUGACGGGGAGGGUCGCACGCCAUUGCACUCCGUGGCCUGGAGGGGGUACUGUGCAGCAGCUCGUUUGCUAUUGGAAUCCAAGGGCGCCCUUGUUGACUUAGCGUGCCGCCAGCAGGGGGCGACAGCUCUGUGCAUCGCGGCGCAGGAGGGGCAUGCCUCGGUGGUGUCAGUACUGCUGGAGAAAGGGGCGAACCCAGAGCACGUGGAUCUCUACGGCCGCAGCCCCGUGAAGGUGGCUGGGAAGAGGGGCCACUUGAGUAUCGUCAAGAGCCUGGAGAGAGCUGGCGCCAAGCCUUAUCUAGGUGCUUUGCCAUCGUUACCCAACUCCCACAGCUCAGUAGCCAGCAGCCCCCCCUGCACUGGCUUUGCUGGGGCAGUCGAGGGCAGCUGCAGGCCCCCUCUAGCAUCUGCCCCCUCCCCAUCGUCAAGCUCGCUCUCCCCAAGCUCCACCUCGGAGAAGUUCCACUCCAUGCAAAGCUCCCAGGCUUCGUGGUCCACCUGCCACUCCCUGGCCACGGUGCAGACGGCACCGGCCGACAACCUCAGCUUCACACAGCAGAUCCAGCAGCACUCUCUGCCGCGUAGCCGGGCUCGCAUAUCCGUCCAGCCCCUGCCCCACGUCGCCCCCCAGCCCACCGACCACAGCUGGCUGGCCGAACCCAGCAGGCCAGCAAAGAGCUCCGCGGGAGUCUGGGACCAAUACUCCAAACCCGGCCAAGAGGUCGAGAAGAACAAGAGUGCCAGUGUGUUUAAAGGAGGGAGGUGGAGCUCUCUCAUGGCCUCCCUGGGCGUGAUGCCCGGACAGGACUGCCCCACCCGGCCUCCCAAAACAACGGAUAGCCCACCGAACGGGUACCCCAUCCAGCUGGAGAAUCACAGCCAGCGGGAGAUGGAGUGGCGACCGGGGAAGAUCUCUCUGUCGCCGGUCUUCAACUUCCCGGUGACCUCUUGCUCCAGUGCCUUAGCCCCCGAGUCCCUGCCCAGCUUCACGAGCACGGACCCCCAGCUCAACCUCAAGCAGGCCAUCAAGCUGCAGUUCGAAGGGCCCACCAGCGCCCUGCUCUACAAACGAGAGACGUCCCUGUGAGGUGGGACGUUCUCAGUCACGGCACAAAAGGCGUAAAGGACAUUUUUUUUUGUCUACAUUUUUCCUGGUUCCAUCGUUGAACCCAAAAAGGACUGAUGCCACAUCUGUACUUUCCCGUUUACAUUCUCAUAAGGGAGGGACCCAGCGACAGGUCCCACUCUGAUGGAUUUUGCGACAGAGCGAGCGUGAGAGUCUGCACUUUUUGAGACAACAACCACCAUCACCGUAUUCUCUUGUCCUGGCCUGGUCCAAAAACAGCGAUCUUCAAGACGAGGCUGGUCUUGCUCUGGCCAAGUGUGCACACGAAGACAGCCUGCUUCAGGCCUUGUUUUGAUUACUCAUUUGCUAUCAUCAGUCAAAGCAGAAAUGUACUUCCCACAAGUUUUAAGCCAUUUGUAUAGAAUUGAUCUCUGCAGGAAACUGUUGAUUUUACUUUAUGACCAAAAACUUUAAGGUCACCGUCUGUUGACAUUUUCUGAACCACAGUCAGUGCAGAAUCUGCAGACAGCAAACCUGAAAAUAAGUCUCACUAAUUCUCUUCCUGAAUUGUGAGUCUGUGCCCUUAAAAAAAUAUCCAGAACGCUGGGAUGCUGACCAUAGAGCAUCUGGAGCGAUUAUGACUGUUGUUCUUACUUAACUAAUCGGAAACAUCUGAUGCAGUAACUAAAGGGCAUAAUAUAUCCGCGAAUGUCUGAAGAUGCGCCCAGCAGGUUGUACCUGUGGAGGCGACGUGGAGCCGCCUACAUGCCUGCAGACUUGGGAACGGGGGGGCGUCUUAAACACUGAGACACACAGGCCUGGUUAGCAGAAGCUCUGAGCGACACCCUGCAGAGCCAAGGCACAGAGACUCAGUUACACUGCAGACGCAGACACUCAUGAGCCCAAAGAUCUGUGUACAUGCUGUGACUUGGAUCACAGACGGUCCUGGGCUCCUGGCUGCUACCCAAAGCUGUCGGGGAGGCUAACUUCUAGCAAAGUGAGAAGAUCUCAACCAGACUGACAGCGCACGAGUCGCCAGAAACCGCUUAAUCCCUAAUCAGACCAGGGGCUGAUGAGUUUUGCAGCCCGAUAAGUAACGACGGUAUUUCUCGAUUGCCCUGCUAUCAGACACCAGUAACAAAUGUGAGCCUUUUUUCUUCUGUGGGAUGAGCUGGGAAGGGAGACAGACAUCGCACACAAACAGGAGGUAGUACACAACACACAAGGCUUCCGUGACAGAAACAGACUUGGAUACAAGCGGAGACACGACAGGGCUGAGACCCUGCUGGGAUCCCUCUAAAGCCACAGCAGUGCUGUAUGGCUGAAGAAGCGGGUUCCUCUGAAAUGAAGUCUACCCUGUUAGACCGACCUGCAGGAGGUGGAUCUGGAGACCAGUGGAACCAGUUUCUACAAACCGACAAGAGGUUGUCAAUUUACACACCCCCACCCAAACUCCUUUAAGACAUGUUUUGACUGUCAAAAACAGAUCACUGCCAAUCUGCCACAGGUAGGGGGAGGUGCUGUAACCGGUGCAGCAGUCAAAGCAGUAUUGCACAGUGAUACUGACAAAAUGGCUCGGAUUCUGCAUGUACACACUGUUUUCCUCAUGAUCUUUAUUCUCAACGAUUGUUAGCUAAUGUCAGGCCGGGCCCUGAACUCAGACAUCACAAAGUCCUGCCAGAUGCCCUUUAACAGGAGGAACGUGUCCAGGCCGGCAAAGACGUGCAGAACAUGUAAUUAAAUUUUGUUAACAAUACUGAGGUUUGUAAUAAAAAACAUGGUGAUUUUUUUAUUCUUGAAAUAAAUGACUGGAAACUGUCAAAACUC